GAGCGUGCGGGCGCCAUGGGGUCCGCGCUGCUGGAGCGCUUCGCCCCGCGCCUGGGGCUAACCGACCCGCUGGUGCUGAGGAAAGCAGAGGAGUACUUACGACUGUCGCAGGUGAAGUGUGCUGGCCUGUCUGCUCGCACCACCGAGACGAGCAACGCGGUCAUGUGCCUGGACCUCGCGGCUUCCUGCAUGAAGUACCCGCUGGACAGGGCUUAUUUAAUUAAACUUUCUGGUUUGAACAAGAAGAUGUAUCAGAGCUGUCUUAAGUCUUUUGAGUGUUUACUGGGCCUGAAUUCAAAUGUUGGAAUCAGAGACCUCGCAGUACAGUUUAGCUGUACAGAAGCGGUGAACAUGGCUUCAAAGAUCCUGCAGAGCUAUGAAUCCAGUCUUCCCCAGACACAGCAAGUGGAGCUUGACUUGUCCAGGCCGCUUUUCACCACCGCUGCUGUACUCUCGGCAUGCAAGAUUCUAAAGCUAAAAGUGGAUAAGAACAAAAUGGUAGCCGCAUCCGGUGUGAAAAAAGCCAUAUUUGAUAGACUCUGUAAGCAGCUGGAGAAGAUCGGGCAGCAGAUUGACAGAGAACCUGGAGAUUUACCUACUCCACCACCGAAAAAACAGAAAACAAUGUUGCCAGCAAAGACAACAGAGAAGAUGGUAGAGGCCUCACACAGACCACAGCCAUGUGACGAUCUGACACAGGAUUAUGAAGAAUGGAGAAGGAAGAUUUUGGAAAAUGCUGCCAUUGCUCAAAAGGCUGUGACAGAGUGAGUUGUGUCCAGACUGACCUGUGCUGCCUCCAGGAAGAUGUAAGGACUUGGGAGUUUGUUUGACCCUAAGAUGAUUGCCUUGAAGCAGAGAAGCAAACC